GAGCGCACGGCGGGGCGCGGCAGACGCUGGGGCGCUGGGCACCAAGGGAAGCGGCCGGCCGCCCAUGGCGUUCGCGCUGCUGCGCCCCGUCGGCGCGCACGUGCUGUACCCGGACGUGCGGCUACUGAGCGAGGACGAGGAGAACCGCAGCGAGAGCGACGCCUCCGACCAGUCGUUCGGCUGCUGCGAGGGACUGGAGGCGGCACGGCGCGGCCCGGGCCCCGGGGGCGGGCGGCGGGCGGCCAGCAGCGCGGGCCCGGUGGUGGUGGUGCGACAGCGGCAGGCGGCCAACGCGCGGGAGCGGGACCGCACGCAGAGCGUGAACACGGCCUUCACGGCGCUGCGCACGCUCAUCCCCACCGAGCCGGUGGACCGCAAGCUAUCCAAGAUCGAGACGCUGCGCUUGGCGUCCAGCUACAUCGCGCACCUGGCCAACGUGCUGCUGCUGGGCGACGCGGCCGACGACGGGCAGCCGUGCUUCCGAGCGGCGGGCACCGCCAAGAGCGCGGUCCCAGCCGCCCCCGACGGUGGCCGCCAGCCGCGUUCCAUCUGCACCUUCUGCCUCAGCAACCAGCGCAAGGGGGGUAGCCGUCGUGACCUGGGGGGCAGCUGCUUGAAGGUGAGGGGGGUGGCCCCAGUUCGAGUGCCUCGGAGAUGAGCCUGGACCCCUGUGUCAUUUGCUCCAAGCAGGACCCUGAGAAGGAGGCCAGAGGCCAACCACUGGGCAAACAGGGGAAGACCCCAGGAGCUGAACCCAGGUCCCUUCUUUGUGUAGGGACCAGAGGACAAUGGCCUGGGCCCAUGACCCUCUGAGCAGGCCCCCUGGGACAUCUCCACCCCACCCUGGAGAGCCGUGAGGACCCAUCCAGCUGGCCCGAGCCCUGGCUGGUCAGAGACAAGGCAGAACUUUUGGAAAAACAAAGACUGUUGUUGACAGAGGAUGUGUGCGUGUCUGUGCAUGAGUGUGGGUGUGUGUAUGAGGUAGAGAGAAUUGAUGAGUUUAAAAUAAAAGGUAUUUUUAAGUAAAAAA